AUGUUGCUCCUCGAUCUUCCUUCCGAGAUUCUUCGACAGAUCUUUCUACUGAUGUAUAACGAUGGAAAACGGUCAAAGAGUGCAGACAAACGCCAUUCGAUGGGAUCGACACCAUUACAAACGUUCGGCGAGCUCCGUCUCGUCAACACAACAUUUCGUGACUUCAUCUCACCCAUCCUCUUCCACGAGAUCGAUGCCACGAACGUGAAGCUCCUGCGUCUCUCUCUUAUAUCCGAGAGUCGAUGCCGUGGUUAUGUUCGUCAUGUAAGCGUCGGUUUCCGCGGGUACCAAAAGAGGGGUAGUCAACAAAAGUGGGGUAGCCAACAAACGUCAGCGAUUGAUGAUUAUGUAUUUCUCAGUCUUUACUUGUAUCAAUUACCUAACCUAAACUCCAUCAACUUCUACAACGAGAUGCCGGAGUCCAUCGAGCGAUGGAAGGAGGAGUCGCUUGCAAGAGAUAUGGCUUUCGCAUUGCGCAAUGCUCCUCUUCCUUGCCUUACAAAACUUUCCAUCACGCUGUCGGUUGUCCAUGACUUCAAAUACUUCGUCGACGACGACUGCUACCCCGAGCUCGAUCAUUCCAUCGAAGACCGGGUAUCUCCUCUCACACACCUCGGCCUCUUCUGUACUGGAGAAUGGCAGAGAUAUUCGAAGAAGCCACUACCUGAUGCCGAAGAGGAAACUUACUCCUACGUCUGUGGCCUCACCAAAAUGGCAAGCCGACUACAGUCUCUUUCCAUUGAUGCCUCGGAAUCUGCCUUCUGCCUCGGCACUAAAGUGUUACCGGAGGCGCAGGGGCUUUUGCAACUAAAACUGAACGCUGUUCAUAUCUCAGGCGAGGCCGUUAACAACAUGCUACGACAGUCAGAACAAAGUCUUGAGACGGUUCAAUUCACGGCCUGCCAACUUAUUCCCGGAGAAUACGGAACCUGGAAGUUCAUUUUUCAAUCUCUAGUCAGAUGUCCUCGUCUAGUUGAUCUAAUAUUCGAGGAAGGUUUAUACUUUGUCUUGGACGAUGCGGUGUUCCCGCCAAGUGACGACGAUGAAUGGCGGGAUUCAUUGGAGUCAGACGAGCUUUCGAAUAGCGACCUACACGCCCUCCUGGCUUUGACGGAAUCAGUGAAUGAAAGACGACGCGAGAGGGGCUUGGAAAAUCUUCAAAGGAGUAGUCAUCUUCAAAAUUAUGUAGCAGAUAUCAACUAG